AUGGAAGAGACAGAGACCAUGGAAAUUCAAGUUGACGGCGCUGACGUCGGAACGCCGGUGCCCGUCACCGCUGACAAGGACGAUGCGACAAUCACGACCGGUACAACAAGGGCACGGACUGAGGCAGCCAUCCCUACGCAGCAGACGGGUGGCCUGUUCAGGGACUCGAAUAUUUGCAUUGCUGUCGAUGUCUCGGGCAGCACUUACGGCGAGACGCUGACGGCGGAAAAGAAGGCGGUUCGCAGCAUUUGCUCGCUCAUCCCUCCUAAACUGCUCGACAACGUCACCAUUCUGCCCUGGAAUGACAACGCGCAUCAGCCGCUCCCAGUCGGCCGCUUAGAUGACCUGGACUCAGACGGUGGGACGGAUCCAAACGCUAUCCUGGCCGAUCCAGAUUGUCGUUUCCAGCUGCAGAAAUCGUCCUUCUGGUUCCUCCUGACGGACGGGCUCAUCGACACCCCGCUCGUCCACCAGUUCGCAAGGAGUCUGGCCGACUACGGAAUGCACGGGAAGGGGGCUGUAGUCGCUGUCUUCGGUGACCAGCUCGAGCGGCCUAGCCAGUGCAACAUCACCGUCGGCCUUUCCGUCUUCGCCGCCAGCCCCCACGUGGCGUUCCUCUACACCAAUGUUGAAUUUAACAAGACCUAUGUUAUUCAGACAAAGGGCUGCUUUUCCGCCCUGCUUCCGCCCGGAUCUCAAAAUCCACAUUUCGACUACGAUACCCCAUGGGAGGACUUGCCACAGACCUCGUAUGAGAACUUGAUGAGAGUCCAUGUGCCGCCCCCAACGGACCUUGAUCCCAAUGAGAUCUUGCUGAAUGGGGGGAAGUUCAAGCUGGACCUCGAUGCCUUCCUCGAGAAUCUCCCCGUUUCUGAAGAGAUAGUGGGCACAAUACUCGACAACGAGGAAAACUUGAAGACGGUUACGCUCACGGCUAAAUCAAGAGGUGUCGAGGGCAAGCUCCUGGACUGGCUCGGCAAACUCGACCGGACCGAUGGCGUCCUUGACAAUGGACCAGGCUUAAAGGAAGCGCCACAGAAACCGUCGCGGCUUUUUGACAAGGUAGCGGCAGACUUGGCUUCGGAUAGCGGAGGACCUGCAUUCGACAUUGGUGAGGAGUCUAGGUCUAAAUCAGGCUCGAGGUCAACUGGACUUUACAGUAAUCGGAGUAAGCGGGAAUGUGACUCGGGCCAUGAUGCGCCUCGUCACCGUCGAGAGUCCGAAUGCUUCAUGAAACGGCUUUCGGCAAUGUCCAUCACGAUCGCCUCCGACAACUUCCGCGGCAUCAACCACGGCGAUGAACGCCUGACACGCUUGAAGGCGAAGGAAAACGGGCCCCGGCCAAUCAAGACCGGGUUCGCCUUACCAUCGAACCCAAAACUCGCGUAUCGAGCAUCAUGCACGGUCUGCAGCAGCAAUUCCGUGGUUCAUCUCCUCUUGGUUGCACCCCCAACGGCCAAGAGCACGCCCAACUUCCCUCGGCCGGGAAGCAUGUCGACACUUGCCUUUCCCCUGACCAUGGGUAACUACGCGGAAACUGAUGUCAUCUCACGCAUCCUCGCAUGUAGUAACUGUGUCGAGAGAUUUGGGCACGGAUUCUCCAGCCCCGAUAGCGAGACGGUUGUGUCGGCCCUGCCCCUUGUCUCGUACAUUGCAAACAAAGCCGCGUGGCUGCAGUCCGUCAGUCUCGCAACCCAACACAGAUUCGCGCACGCCGACGCACCGCUAGUGUUCUUUAGCAUCCUCUAUGUCAAAUUAGAACACCUGUUGCACGCAGGACUCGGUACGGAUGGGAAGGAGGAUGGCAUUGAACGGGAGCAAGACUUGGCACUGCAGAGGGCAAUCAGAUGGGAGCUGGACAUGCUGCUUUCCGAAGCAGAGGUUGAGGACAUACCGCCCCCGUUGACCGGGGCAGAUGAAAAUACGAGCAUGGGUGUUGGCCCGCUCCACGAGGUUAUCAUCCGCGGGUUCCGAGAUUGCCUCACAGUCGACCACAAACCCCCUACGCUUCUGCGCUAUCCCAUGGACGGCUUCAUCGUGGCCAACGCAGCGCUUUCCGACUCGCGCCACAAGGGCCUGCUCAGCGCCGAGAAACGUAGGACGGUCGUUUUCCUACGCUUCCUCUACCAGCUGACCCAGGCAUAUUGUCGUCUGGAGAAGGACGCUGACGCCGUCACGCUGAACACGGCCAAGGCUUUGCUGCUCCUCGUCGACAACCCCAAGGCUGCGCGGUCACUCUUCCGGUGGGACUCGCUGCGCAAGGUAUCGGUCCACUUCAAGACAGUAGAUGAGCUGGCGGCGUAUUUGCGAACUAGAUUCACACAGUUCGAGUACAAAGUCUCCAUCGCCGUUCGCGAUCUCGCCGAGACACCACUGCUUCCUUCGACAGCUCUUGCCGACUUUCGCCGCCUUGGGGUCCUUUUCGCCAAUGUAGAAAGUCAAGCGCACCAUAGCAUCGCCGUCUUUGUGCAUCACCUUCUCCGCUGGCCCAACAUCGACGUGGGGGUUUCGCCGGAGGAUCGGUUUGAGAGGAUAAGGAAAAUACCUGAAGUGAAGGUUGCUUUGGGUGAUCCUGAGGGCCAAAGCGCGCGAUCAGUCCAGAAUUUGAUUAGAUCGCUGCCCCGGUUGCACGUUAUGUUGGGACAACGGGAAUAGUUCGAGCCACUCGAGGUACCUACCUAUUUAUUUCUCCCGACUUUGAGCAAACCACUAUGCCUAUAUAGAUCACUCAUCUGCAGACUCUGUCCGUUAUCUCAGGAGUUGAGAUCAAAAUUCACACUGCUCAGGUCGGCGUCUUCCUCCUCCUGGCCCUGGGCAUCGCUCUCUUUUUUCAGACCUCGCCUCGUAAAUAUCACAUAAAUCACAACUGCCACCACUGUGGUCGGUACUGUCAACACCACCCACACCCAUACACGUUCUGCACUGCCCAUCCAUGCAUCUUGGUCGAAGAACGGCAUAGACAGGAUCGCCUGUGUUGGCCGAGAUGGCACUUUGUCAGUUUCUGAUGUCGCAUCUCAAGACGAAGGAAAGGAAGAUACAGAAGCACACUCACAGCAUACGACGUCGCCGGCAAG